CCGACUCAUUCACAUUCAAUAUCUAAAAAUAUAAGCUGAUAUAAAAUUAUAAGAAGAAAAUAUAGACAAGAAACGAAAACCGAACGUAGUAGUAUUUAUUUGAACUGAACCAUUUCGAUUGCAAUUUGCCAGACAUUGAUUAGUAAACAAAGGAUUUUUGUAUUAGAUUUGUAUUUUCACGAUUCCGACAGACAGACCAAGUUUAUGGUGUACAAGAUAAACGGCAUUUAAUUUUUUGACAUGAUAACAACAGUCAUAUCAUAGCAUAAGUAUUAAUUGUGUUUUGUAAACACAAACGAAAGACAGACAGACAAUCAAGAGUUGAGCAACCGAAUCGUCAUCAUUCUACAAUUAUUCAAUGUAAAAGAAAUUCUAUAUCUCAUUUCCAUCUUGUUUUUGGCACUUUUUUUCUUUUGUUGUUCUUGUAAUCAAAACGAAUCAAAUUAUCGUAUUUUAUUUUGAUAAAAAUAAAAAUCAUUCGUUUCGCCGUCAUAUUUAAGUGUGAAUAAUCAAUUAGUCAAAUUCAACCGGAUUGGCAUGUUCUGAGUUGUAGCAUACGAAUAUGGAUCGAGAACAAUUUAUAAAUGGUGAUGAAAUCGUUGAUUAUUGGGGUUAUUUGAAAAGUAUUGAUUGGUAUGAUCCCUGGUUGAUUGCCUUGAUACUUGUUCACAUUGGAACAACAACAGCUGCCGUAUGCACACGGAAUCAUUCACUAUUUCAAAUGGUUUUAUUUUUAGUUUUAUUAUUACUAGUCUACUUUUCGGAAACAAUCAAUGAAUUGGCCGCACGGAAUUGGCGAACAUUUUCACGUCAACAGUAUUUUGACAGCAAUGGUCUGUUCAUAUCAACCGUAUUCUCAAUACCGAUCUUAUUGAAUUGCAUGCUCAUGAUUGGUAACUGGCUCUACAAUUCAACUCAAUUAAUGUCGAAAUUAAAGGUGGCACAACUCAAGGAGCAGAGAAAAUCGCAACUGAAGGAAAAACUGAAAUAGUGACAAUAUUCAGAUGAUUGUGUUGUUGUAGUUUCUUCUUAAUUUUCUAGCCAUAAAGUGCCACUAUGCUAGGAUGAAACGGAAUUUAAAAAGAAGGAUUAUUGCAUUUUUUUUUAAUAUAUAUUUUUUUCAUUGUUUUUUCAAUGUAAACUCGACUGUCGAUUAUUUGUGCGAAGUUGUUUGUAUGCCGGUGUAAAUAUUUUUGCCAUUUUUUUUUAAAUAUGAUUUUGAUUUCGUACCAUA